AUGGCAGUAUUUCACGGGGUGGAAAUUGAGGACUUCCAAUAUGACAAGGACUCGGAGACGUAUUUCUGUCCCUGCCCAAGUGGAGAUAACUUCUCCAUCACCAAGGAGGAGUUGGAGAAUGGGGAAGGCGUGGCAAUGUGUCCAGGCUGCUCUCUCAUUAUAAAAGUGAUUUAUGACAAAGAUCAGUUUGCGUGUGGAGAAACAGUCCCAGUGCCUUCAGCCAACAAAGAAUGA